UUCGAAGAGCGGGUGGCUCAGGCUGACUGCAGCAGGCUCUUUUUUAUCGCAGAAAAAACUCCAUUUCCAGUCAAGUGUAUGUACCAUAAAAGUCCAAAAAGAUCGAAUCAACGGGUUUGUUGAUCAGAAACAUAUUUCAUUUACGUGACUACAUAGUAUUCGCGCAGCGGGAUAUCGCAUUCAAGCAGCUACUUUUGAAAAUUCGUCUAUUUUUGGAGUGUAGGUGUUGCAGUGUUGCUUGACCAACUGUUUGCUAUAUAACUUCUCUGAGCAGUGCAACAACAUCUGGCAGACCAAAAGCUUUUGACUGAGAAAGGUAAUACCUAGUAAAUUAUACAAACCAACAUCAAGAGUAUUACCAAAAAGAUGUCAGAGAGGAACGAAAGAAUCAAUAACAAUUCAAAUAGUGCCUGUAUUGUUUGCUACAAAAAUGUCAAGUACUAUAGUAUCGGGAUGUGUGAGCAUCCUGUGUGCUACGAGUGUAGUACCAGAAUGCGAGUGUUGUGCCAACAAAACGAGUGUCCCAUAUGUAGGCAAGAUUUGCCAAAGGUUGUGUUUACAAAGGAAGUUAAACCUUUUAGAUUAUUGAAGAAGGGUACCUUAUUUGACAACAAAUUUAAUAUUUUUUUUGAAACUCAAGAAAUACAAAACGACUUUAACAAGCUGCUGGCUCAUGAAUGUAACAUUUGUGAUAGAACCCAAGUUUUUAAUUCAUUUACCAGUCUCAAAGAUCAUAUGAAAAGAAAACAUGAUUUGCAUUACUGCGAUCUUUGUGUCGAAAAUGUUAAGAUUUUCUCCCACGAACGACGCUGCUACACGAAAGCCGACCUAUCACUGCACAGGCGCAAAGGUGACGUGGACGACAAAAGCCACAAAGGUCACCCAAUAUGUGAAUUUUGUGAUAAGCGUUACAUGGACACCGACGAGCUCUAUCGGCACUUACGCCGCGAUCAUCUUUUUUGUCAUUUCUGCGAUGCCGACGGACUUCACCACUACUACAGCUCGUACGAUUAUCUCCGAGAGCACUUCCAGAAAGAGCACUACCUGUGCGAGGAAGGUGGCUGCGCCGACGAGCAGUUCACCAGCGUAUUCCGCACCGACAUCGAUCUCAAGGCUCACAAGUCCAGCGUACACGGCAAACAGCUUGGCAAAGUGGCCGCCAAGCAGGCUCGCACUCUCGAGCUUGAGUUCACUCUCACGCCCAGAGUCGACUUCAGGAAUAGAAGGGGUGGCGGGCAAGCUGGCGCGUCGCGCAAUCCUCGAGACGAGGCUGGUGCGAGCUACCAGCGUCACCAUCACAAUUCUCGAGAAGAAGGCGGAUCCAACUAUCCGCGCAACCCACACAUCUACCAGCGCCCGGAAACGCCGCCACCGGUCGAAGAACCAGUUUUCGUUCAACAACCACUGUGCGAUGUUCAAAGCACGCAAGAGUUUCCGACUUUGGGUAAUGCACCAACACGGCCUGUGGUUGGAGGGGUGUCGGGCCCGGGUAGAAGCCGGGGCAACCUGACCAUCCGCGGAGUACUCAAAAACAAUUACAACGAAAAUUUCCCGGCUCUUGGACCCGAUGGAACUGCACCGAUGCCUCCUCCGAGUACCAAAAGUAGUACUCUUACCAAGUCUUUCAACGUUAGUGUGUCCAGCUCGAAACCUUCGAGCUCGGCUGCUGCAGCAAAACCGAAACCAGCACCAAAUGCCUCCAAUCAAGCUAAUCACAGGGCAAACGGGCCAGUGAUGACGCGGCUGAGUUCGGGUCCUAGUUUACGAAUAAACACGAUUCCGAGUUCCUCCAGAGAAAUGGACUUUCCAGCCUUGAGUCGCGCUGUCGUCGAAGCAGCUGCAGCCCCCGUCUCUACCGCGAAUCCGUCGACCUGGACUAAAGUCACCUGCGUCAAGCCAGACGCGAUGCCGCCAAAAAGUAAAAAAGUAGCACCUCCGCCUCUCGCUGCCGCCCCACCACCUAUUCGGUCUGGCGAAGAUUUCCCCAGUCUAUCAAAGCCGUCCAAGCCGACGAAUAAGGCCUCCCCAGCUCCAACCAAACCGUCUGCCCCUGCUGGGCCGUCGUGGAUGCAG